GUUUAUGAUAGCGGUAGAAGGAUAAGGCACAGCAAGGGAAUUGAAAAAGAAGAAGCCAAGGAGGAGUUCAUGAGACACCUAAAGAUUCUGGAAGGAGAGCUGGGAGAGAAGCUUUACUUCAAUGGAGACUCCUUUGGAUAUUUGGAUAUUGCUCUUAUUACAUUUUCUUGUUGGAUCCACACAUACGAGACAUUUGGGGGCUUUAGUGUGAAGAAGGAAUGCCCGAAGCUCAUGACUUGGGUGAGGAGAUGCAUGGAGAGGGAGAGUGUGGCAAAGACGCUUCCAUCUCCUCUACAGGUCUAUCAGAUCGCCUGCUUGGUGAAGAAGAAGUUAGGAUUUGAAUAG